AUGGAUGAAGGAGACGAUUAUGUACCACAGAUUUCACAACUUGACUAUUCAUUGGUCGAUAGCGGACAAAGCGUCUUGCAAAACGAUCCUGGUAUUUAUAGUCCACCACCACCUCAAAUACCUCUACAGCAUCUCCAAUAUGGUAAUGACGUUACAGCAGUGCAUCAUCCAUGCCAGUUACCCAAUCAAAUGGUUCCUCAAAGCAUGCAACAGCAACAGGUGAUACAACCUACUCAAUUACCACAACCAAUUGUGCAGAAGCCAAAAAUUCAGAGACGUCGCAAAAACGCAGCUAAUGUUGAGCAGCAAGUUUUAGCAGGUCAAGCAAUGCUUCCAGCCUCAUCAGUACCGCCUAGACAACAGUACAUGAAUAACAUGACACCAAUGCAGAGUAUGGCGGCAAUGUCUCAAAAUCCCUUAAUGUCCCAUAUGCGAUCUAUAGGACCGGGACCACAAAUACAACAGGUGAUGCCUGGAAAACAUCCAUCGAAUGAUAUGUCACCAAUGCGUCAUCCAGGUCUACCCCCUAACGUCCAUGAUCCAUAUCAUCAGCAACAGCAAUGGUUUCAACAGCAGCAAUUUCGCCUUCCGAACAGUUACCCACCACAACAUCAGAUGUAUCCAGCGCAACAACGUCCACCUAUGAAUCAAGUGAUGCCUCAACAGACUUAUUAUUCGCAACAGCAACAACAAAUACAACAAGAUGCCCGGAAUCCGAUGUAUUAUCAACCACAUCAAGUGUAUGAACAAAUGCCGCGUUAUCCACCAUCUAUGGGUCCACAGCUUAGUCAUUCACAGCAGUAUUAUUCUGAACAAAGCCAAAAUUUCUUUCCAUCUCCAAGUCAUAUGACACAACAAUCAUCUCACUCCCAUGCUAUGACAAUGCAUCAACAAGUACCUUCUGGAUCUGGUGACUGGCAACAACACAGCGCUAAUUCGCAACAGCGCUAUCCUUCGCAACCACAAUAUCCACCAUCCACCAGUAUUCAGAUUGAAAUACAGCAGGUUCAACAACAGCUGCAAUCGAUGUAUGAAAUUCCAAAUAGAAAUAUGCAAAUAGCACAACAGAUUGAACAGCUACAGCUUCGUUUGCAAUAUUUACAGCAGUGCUACAUGAACGAGUGUCAUGGUGGUGCUCAGCGAAACGAACAACCUGUCUCCGUCAUGCAGAGAGGUUCCGAAGUGCAGGUUAACAUAAAACCGGAUAUGCCAGGUCAUACUCUGAUUAGCGUCUACCACCAAUAUCCGCCUAACUCAGCCCCAGCGACAAGUGUGCUGCCAACAGAAAAUGUCAUUGCAAAAGACUCUGUUCCGCCAGAACCAAUUCCAUCACGUUCUCGUACUCCCAUUGAAGAUCCGUCUGCACCGAGUGUUAUCAGUGUUGCUUCAGGUCAUAUAUCAAAUGCGCCAAACAAUACAAUGCCGUUUAUGGAACCGCCAGCACCUAUGGCUUCAAGUGGAAAUGUAACUUCAGCUUAUAGCGUUCAGCAGCAACAACGAAGUUUAUUUCAAUCUGUUGUAGAACCUAAUGGAGUAUCAGCAACACUAAAGUGUCAAGAUCAGUUGAAAUAUCAGGAAGUACCCGAAUCACAACAGCAACAACCGAGUGACACUCGAACUGAUUUAGAACAAGAAUUAGGAAUCUCUGAUGGACUACCCACCACUGCCAUUACUGUUCCUUCCGCUUGUGAAGUUCUAGUUCCAAAUAGAGAUGACGAACAAGGUGUCUUGUCAGAUAAACAUUGUGUAACAGAAAUUGCGACAAAGAAGGUAGAAGACACUCGAACUGAUUUAGAACAAGUUACUUGCCAAUUUGCAAGAGAAAUGCGACAAAAGAAAGUAAUGGAUUCAACAACUAAUAGUGCACAUUCGUCAGAAAAUUCUGAGGCUUGUCUACCAGUUGAUGAUUUGUCUGAUACGGAAGAAUCGAAGAUGCAUCUAGAAGCAGCUACAAAUUCAGAAGAAACCAUGAAAAACGCGUUCAGGACCUAUGAGGGAUCCAAAAAUUCAAGAAUGGAAGUUGAUAUUCAAGACCCGACCAGUAAUGAACUGCACCCUGAAAAGGAAACAGAUGUUGAAAAAGUUGAAAUCAAGGAAGAAAAUAAUGAAGAUUUCUCAAAUGGAGUAGAGGAGACAGAUGAAGAGUUAAAAAAGGAGAAUGAAUCAGAAAUUGGGGAGAAGCAGGAAAGUGUAGCAGGUGGGGAAGUAGAUAGAAGUCGUGAAUUGAGUAAAUUGAAAACCUGUGAAGUUCAAUGUGAAAAAGUGGAAGUUCACGGAAAUUCAAACAAACGGUCGAAGAUCGAUGAAAGUGAAGAACACACGGAAAUCUCCACGAAAGUAACAACGAUCUCUCUGGAAAAUGUCGCGGAAGAGAAGCAAAAAAUAAGUGAAGCUGACGAGGCUACAUCCUCGGAAAAGCCGAAACGAAAAAGAGGUCGGCAUCCAAAACGAGGUAUGAGUAAGAAGCGGAAAAUCGAGAAAGAAGGAGAAGUUGUGGUAGAAGUAGAUGACGAGGAAUUUAUUCCUGAUUCUAACCGUAUAACACGGAAACGACCACGUACAAGGCGGCGUGUGGCAGUGGAACGUGAUGAUGCUCCUUUCGAGUACAUAGAAAAGCGGCGAUCCGGUCGCUCGACAAAUGUUGAGAAGAAGAGCUAUGAUUUACAAGCAAAGUGGGAUGAAAUGGAUGAAGAAAUCGGUGAGGAUGUCCAAAGUCGAAAAGAGAAAAAACAAGAAGAGCAAAGCGAAUUUGUUAUCGAAAAAAUUAUGAGUAUGAAAAAAAACGAGAAUGGACCGGAUUUAUAUUUUGUGAAAUACAAAAAUAAAGCCUAUAUUCAUUGUGAGUGGAAGUCUCAAUGUGAUCUGGAAGCUGGAGAUCGUCGAGCUGCAGCAAAAUUGAAGCGCUUUCAUCAAAAGCGAGCUCAUACUUCAGAUCAAGAUGAGGAUGAGCAGUUCAAUAGUGACUUUGUAAUUGUUGAACGCGUACUGGAUGCCAACGAAUUGGAGGGAAAGGAUUUUGUUCUCGUUAAAUGGAAAUCUUUGCCAUAUGAAGAAGUUACAUGGGAAAAAAUAGAAAUUAUUCCAGAGGAUAAAAUUGAAGCAUAUAAACAACGAAAUAUUUGUGAUUCCUUGAAAGUGAAACCAAAGCCACAUCCAUCGGCUUCAGAUUGGUCUAAAAUUCCUGAAGAUAUAGCCUUCAAAGAUAAUAACAGACUUCGAGAAUAUCAAUUCGAAGGUGUAAAUUGGCUUUUGUACUGUUAUUAUAACAAACAAAACUGCAUUCUGGCUGAUGAAAUGGGUUUAGGAAAGACGGUACAAACAAUAUGUUUUUUGCAACAAGUUUAUGAUUACGGAAUUCAUGGACCAUUUUUGAUUGUUGUCCCGUUGUCAACAAUUCAUAAUUGGCAACGUGAAUUCGAAACAUGGACCGAUAUGAAUACCAUUGUUUACCACGGAAGCGCAUCAAGUCGGCAAAUUAUUCAACAAACUGAAUUUUAUUAUCGGCCGGAAGAGCUGAAAGGAGGCAAACGUAACGUUGUCAAAUUUGAUGCUUUAAUUACCACGUUCGAAAUGGUUGUAAGCGAUUGUGAUGUCCUCAAGCAGAUCAGCUAUCAAGUAUGCAUUAUUGAUGAAGCACAUCGAUUAAAAAAUCGAAAUUGCAAAUUACUUACCAGUGGACUGCUUUCAUUAACCGUAGAACAUCGUAUACUGCUAACAGGAACACCAUUACAAAACAGUAUUGAAGAACUAUAUUCACUUCUGAAUUUUCUGGAACCAGAACAAUUCCAUAGUUCAUCUGCUUUUCUUGAGCAGUUUGGCCAGUGUCAAACUGAGGAUCAGGUGCAACGAUUACAGGAUAUUCUCAAACCGAUGAUGCUACGUCGUCUCAAAGAAGAUGUUGAAAAGACGUUACAACCAAAAGAGGAGACCAUUAUUGAGAUACAAUUAUCGAAUACCCAGAAGAAAUACUACAGGGCAAUAUUGGAAAGAAAUUUCUCUCAUCUUUGCAAAGGAACAUCCGUACCCUCGCUAAUGAAUGCAAUGAUGGAAUUGCGGAAAUGCUGCAAUCAUCCAUUUCUUAUAAAUGGUGCUGAAGAACAGAUUCUUGCUGAGGUAAAAGCGGGACAUCCAGACUGGAAUGAAGAUGAUAUUUAUCAGCAUGCAUUGGUGCAGUCAUCUGGAAAAUUGGUUCUUAUUGCGAAGCUGUUACCAAAAUUACAUGCGGAUGGUCAUAAAGUAUUAAUUUUUUCUCAAAUGGUCCGCGUUUUGGACAUUAUCGAAGAAUUUCUUGUUGCACAGAAUUAUACAUUUGAGCGAAUCGACGGCAACGUUCGCGGUGAUUUGAGACAGGGCGCUAUCGAUCGUUUCAGUAAAAAAGAUUCUGACCGUUUCAUCUUCUUGCUCUGUACUCGUGCUGGUGGUCUUGGAAUCAACUUAACAGCAGCUGAUACUGUCAUUAUUUUUGAUUCUGAUUGGAAUCCGCAGAACGAUUUACAGGCGCAGGCUCGCUGUCACCGAAUUGGUCAAACAAAAAUGGUGAAAGUUUAUCGCCUAAUUACCUGUAACACGUACGAACGUGAGAUGUUCGAUAAAGCAUCAUUGAAGCUAGGCUUGGACAGAGCCGUUUUGCAAUCUACGACUGCUUUGAAGGAUACUUCACAGCAGUUAUCACGGAAAGAAAUUGAAGAAUUGUUGAAAAAAGGGGCCUACGGUGCGAUUAUGGAAGAAAAUGCGGAGGAGAGUAAGUUUAAUGAAGAAGACAUCGAAACAAUUCUUCUUCGCCGCACAACUACAAUAACACUUGAAGCCGGUGUGAAAGGAUCGACUUUUGCAAAGGCAUCCUUUAAUUCGUCUACAAACAGAGAAGAUAUUGAUAUUGACGAUCCUAAUUUUUGGUCUAAGUGGGCUAAAAAGGCAAAUAUUGAUACGGAAAUGAGCCAGACGGAUAAGCAGCUAAUUGUUCUUGAACCCAGAAAUCGGAAAAAAAGAUUUGAAGAAAAUGUUUACAAGUCGGAGGGUGGUGAUGACACAGAAGGCGAGGAAAGCGAUGAUAGCAGUAAGGCUCGAAAAAGAGGUGACCGGAAAAGUGACCGUAAGAAGCGUCGUGAAGAUGAAGAGUAUCGACCAGAUGAGCUAGCUUUUAAUAAAAGUGAAUAUUUCAAGAUUGAAAAAGUACUCGGUCAGUUUGGUUGGGGUCGUUGGAAAGUAAUGCGCGAAGUGUCGGAUUUGAAGGAUAGUGUCACCGAAAUUGAUAUUGAGCACAUUUCAAGGACACUAUUGUUACAUUGCAUUCGUGAAUAUCGUGGAGAUGAGAAAAUUCGUGAAUUUGUUUGGCGACUGAUAAUCCCAAAAGGCGGUUUAGUUACUGGCAAGAAUACAGAGAAAAUGAAAAAUCCUAGUUUGACAUCAGUAUUCCAUGAGGGCUGGGCAGCAUUACCAGAAUACAAUCCGCCAGCUUUUGCUGUUGAUUCAUCUUUUCAACGUCACGUUCAUCGACAUUCAAAUAAACUGUUGAUUCGGAUGCAUCAGCUUCACAUAUUAAAUACUGAAAUAAUUGGUAGUAAGAGUGAAGCAAUAAUGAACAAUGCAAAAGCAAAGGACAUCGAUUUGUCGGUUGAUAUGAAUGAUGCUUUUGUAGCUGGUUGGGAUUCUGAAUGUGAUAAGAGUUUUCUGAUUGGAGCGCAUAAACAUGGUCUAGAAAAUAUCGAUGCGAUUCGUGUUGAUCAAACGCUUUGUUUUGGUUUGAAAAAAAUUGAGAUUUUCCCGAAUAUCUCGGAUUUGUUGAAUCGUUUCCGGCGUCUUUUAACACAUUUCCAGAAAAAGCGACAUGAUUCAUUGACAUUUUCAACGUGGACUAAACGUGAAGAAGCAGAAUUCAUGCGUGUUCUGAGAAGUUAUGGAGUUAAGGAUGAUCCAUCAACAAUUAUUUCCUGGACACGCUUUCGACAGCUUUCUCCAUUUUUAGAAAAGAAAACUGAUAGUGAUCUAAUGGAGCAAUUAUAUUGCGUAUUGUCCAUGUGCACAAAACAGCUCGGGAAUGAAAUAACGACUGUUGAUUUACAGCGAGCCUUAAAGGUGGAAUCGAUUUCGGCGCGAAAGGCACAGAAACUGAUGCACCGGAUGAAUAUGAUGCGGCAGAUUCACGAUUGGCGAGAAUCACUAACCGAUCGACGAACGCUCCUCAAGCUUUGUUCUAACGAAGCGAUGCCAAGCGGUUGGUCGAUUGAACAAGAUGAAGAGUUGUUCAAAGUGGUAGAUGAACAUGGUCUGGACAACAUAGCUGCUAAUAUCCUUAAUAAGGCAACUUUUCAAAAGAUAAUAAGACCAGAGGAACGAACUUUGCUAAGACGUGUCGCAGAGAUUUAUACUACUCUUCAAACGAAGAAAUGGAAUGGAGCUGCUUCCACUGAACUGCUCGAAGAUUCUGAUGAUGAACAAGGGACACCAAUGCUAUUGCGCUCAAAACGGGGCCGCAAGAAAAGUACUGUAACGGGUGCCGCAAUGCAAGAAUUUGUUGAUACGGAGAAAGAGAAAAUGCGCGCUUUAGUACAUCAGACAUUCUUGCAAAGGUUGGAACAACUUCCAUUUGCUGCAGCGGUAGCUAUGGCACAAGGCGCCUUUCUUCUUCCAUCACUUUUAUCAGGUGGUGGAACAUCUACGACAGGAGCAUCAACAUCAACUCAAGCGCAGGCAGCAAUGCUUUCCAGUUUGUUUGGACUAUCCUCUACCUCACCUCCAACAACAUCUGCUUCUACCAGUGCCAGUAAAACAAAUGAAUAUGGAGAGGACGUAUUAAAUUUGAGUACAAAGAAAUCACCAAGUAACAAUAACAGCAGUACAAGUCAAUCAUCCACUUCUGGAAUCCCUGCUCCGCCCACAAAUUUUUUGAAUAGUUUGAAUUUUACCGAGUUGUUUGCUCUGGCAAACCUUCCACCAGAGACCCGUGUACCAGUAAUUAAUAUUGAGACGGGUGCACGUUUGAUUGGUGAACAAGCUCCAAAAGUGAAAAAUCUUGGACAAUGGCUGUCAGCACAUCCCAAGUAUGUGCUCGAUAUUCCAUCGUCGGCAUCUUCAGCAGUUCCACCAGUAGUAUCUCAAGGAACAUCCUCAAAACCGGCGGAAAAAAGUGAUGUAAAAUCUGUGUCAGCACAAUCGGACAAAAUUAUUUCAAAGAAGGAAAUCAGUAAAGACACCCAUUCUAAGGAAGUGCUUACGACCCAAACAGAUUCAGCCUCAUCGAAAGCAACAGCAACAGCACUAGUUUUGGAACCUGGUGAAGUUCCUCGCUCUUCUAGUACCACUGCUGUUUCAUCAUCAUCAGCUUCUGUCACUUCACUUGGUAUUACUGAUCAGCGGGUCGCUGUUUUUCAACGUUCUAGUGGUACAUUAGUUUCGGCCAAUAAAUGGCCACUGCUGAAGAAUCUUGCUUCAUGGCUCGAUAAGCAUCCGGAUUGUAAUGUACACUCAAGCAGUGCAUCACUUGCUGCCACAGUUCUGCCGAAAAAUUAUACUGAUCGUUUGGGUGAUGACACGACAACAUCCCUCUCUUCAUCUUCAAAUGGUUUGGAAGCUUUACAAAUGCAAAUGAUGCUCCAACAAUCGUUAAUGAAUCAAACGCUUCUUGGACUUGGGGCUUACGGACCACUUGGAUCAUAUGCAAUGCUUGCAGCUGCGGCAUCUGGUUCUUCUCAGCUGGGCAAGGGUUCGUCGAAGGAUGUGUUAAACCCGAUGCUUGCAUCACUAAUGAAUCCAUCAUUGCAUUUGCAGCAGAUGCAAUCCCUGCUGACAUUGGAUCCAUCACUACUUCUCAGUCAGCCGUUUUCUUCCAUUGCAACAACUAGUAAUACGCUGCCGAUUUCUGGUUUAAAUGUUUCAUCCGUUACAAAACCUCCGAGUACUACUACUACCACAACAACUACUACUACUACCAUCACUACUAGUGCUACUACUGUUUCCACUAUCCCUAUUAUUACUACUGCUGUUGCUACUACAACUACUACUGUUACGACUACUACUACAACCACAACGGCGAAGAGAGCAUCCAGCAGAGGUCGUCUGAAUGCUGUCGUUGAGAAGCUGUCAUCGAAUCAGAGUUAA